AUGCCUAUGUUCCUGCUGUGUAUGACCUCACUCUCAAAUGAAAGUAUGCGUCCCAGCAAACUGAAAAAGCAUCUGGAGACUGCACAUAAAGACAAGAAAGACAAGCCGCUAGAUUUCUUCAAGAAAUUACGUGAUGAGUUCCAAGGAAGGAUGACAGUGAAUCAUAUGUUUACCCAAAAAGUGGCAAAAGUAGACAGAGGGAUGUUGGCUUCUUACAAGAUAGCAAAUUUGAUUGCAAAAGCAGGUAAGCCUCAUACUAUCGGUGAAUCUCUGAUCAUGCCGGCAGUGGCUUGUAGUGCUUUCAACAGUCAUGAAUCAGAGUCCACAAGAGUGGGACAGAACUUGGACAGAAAACUUGUUGAUGCAAAGAGUGACAUCUUCUACCUGUCUGACAUAUUUGAAAAGCUAAAUGUUCUGAACAAAGAGCUUCAAGGAAAUAACUCCACCAUGUUUUCCUGCAAGGAGGCAAUUACUACAUUUAAAGGGAAACUCAAGCUGUUCUGGUUGAACCUUGGAAGACGAGAGUUUGCACAGUUUCCUUCCUUAGCAGUUAUAUCCACCGAUCUGCUUGAUGAUGACCUAGCAGUGUAUGUUGACCAUCUGAAGCAGUUGCAUAAUGAUAUGGACACUCGCUUCUGA